GAGAGAGAGAGAGACAGAUGAAACACAGAAAAAGGAGUCAGCAAUAGAUGGAGCUACAGGAAUAAACAGAUAAAGGAAGAGAGACAGACAGGGAUAGGCAGAAACAAAGACAAAGAAUGACAGACGAAGAUGGAGGAAAUGCCGGAGGAGGCGAGCCGGCGCCUGGGUAGAUGUGAGCCCAAGGUAAUGGCCAGGCUGGUGGACAUAGGCACACAGACAGAUCCAGUAGUUGUGCUGUCCUUGGCCCAGGCCGCCGUGCUAGGUCUCAUCUCCCAGAAUGAAGUGUUCGGAGCUACUAUUGCACCCAACGGCUUCUACACCGGUGAACCCAAAGAGUCCCCUGCACCCCCAGUAGACGGAGUCGACUACGAGUACGCAGACCAGCUUAUCGGAGCCAACGGAGAUUACUUAGGAGACAACUUGGGAGAAGACGGUCAGAUGCAACCCAGCUGCAGUCAGAGGAGGUGGCAGCAGGGGCCGCCUCAACAUCCGGACGGGAAAAUGGUUGGCCCCGAUCGCCACAGCCUUCAAGGCGGUGACGUGUCCUCGUCCCAUGUGAAAGGGGAAGGGGUGAACUCUGGAAUGUCCUCCUGUGUCCACAUGCUUAACAACAUGGCUCCCAGAGGAGGUUUAGUACAAGUGGAUCCAGCCACCCUCAGAGGCACCAACAAGAACUGUGCAGAGUGUGAGCGGGAAGCAACGAACCAGCAGCAAGCCAACACACACGUCCACCCUCCUCCCACUCAGGUGGGCCACAGAGGAGGGGAGCAGGGCCACAGAGGACUGCAGGGCCAACGCCCUAUGGGGGGACACGGUCGAGGUGGCCGGGAGGAUGAAGAAGAGGUAGAACACCAGGGAAACAACAUGAUGAAGCCCACACAGCAGGAGGAAGCUAUCAGCAGCUACUUCCAGACCAGUGAAGUGGGCAGCUAUGACUCGGGGGAAAUGGGCAUGGGGGGCGAGUACGAAGAUGGCAGCCAGAGCAUGAUGUGGACAGACGGGAGUGCAGGAGGGCAGCACCAGCCGCCUCCGCACCCCCAGCCUCCACGUCGGCACGGCGGUCGCAGAGUAGACCGGCUAGAUAUCAACAUCCAGAUCGACGAAUCGUACUGCGUGGACGUGGGAGACGGUCUGAAGCGCUGGAAGUGCCGCAUGUGUGAUAAAUCUUACACCUCCAAAUACAACCUGGUCACGCACAUCCUGGGCCACAACGGGAUCAAACCACACGCCUGUCCACACUGCGGGAAGCUCUUCAAGCAGCCCAGUCAUCUUCAAACGCACCUGCUAACCCACCAAGGUACACGGCCCCACAAGUGCACCGUCUGCAAGAAGGGCUUCACCCAAACCAGCCACCUGAAGCGACACAUGCUCCAACACACUGACGUCAAGCCAUACAGCUGCCGCUUCUGCCGCCGCGGCUUUGCCUAUCCCAGCGAACUGCGAGCGCACGAGGUGAAGCACGAGCGGGGUCGCUGCCACGUGUGCUCGCAGUGCGGCAUGGAGUUCCCCACCUACGCCCACCUCAAACGCCACCAGACCAGCCACCAGGGCCCCCACACCUUCCAGUGUACCGAGUGCAACAAGUCGUUCGCUUACCGUAGCCAGCUCCAGAACCACCUCCUGAAGCACCAGAGCCCGAGGCCUUACACCUGCUCCCAGUGCGGCCUGGAGUUUGUGCAGCUCCACCACCUACGUCAGCACUCACUCACUCAUAAGGGGAUGAAAGGCCACAAGUGUGACGUCUGUUCCCGAGAGUUCACCCUGUCUGCCAACCUGAAGAGGCAUAUGCUCAUCCACAACAGCGUGAGACCCUUCCAGUGUCACGUCUGCUUCAAAAGCUUCAUCCAGAAACAGACCCUCAAGACCCACAUGAUUGUCCACCUGCCUGUCAAGCCAUUCAAAUGCAAGGUAUGCGGAAAGUCUUUCAACAGAAUGUACAACCUGCUGGGCCACAUGCACCUCCAUGCUGGCAGUAAGCCCUUCAAGUGUCCUUACUGCACCAGUAAGUUCAACCUGAAGGGGAACCUCAGCAGGCACAUGAAGGUCAAGCAUGGAAUGGACGUUUCACCAGAGGGACAAGAAGUUCUUCCAGAAAUGGAAAGCCAGGGGGAGUAUGAAGGACAGAACUUCAGCUUUACAUCACCAGACAAUAUGGACAACGGUGGCUCCCAAAACCUCACUAAACUCACUACAGCAAACAUGGAGGACAUGGAGGAGUAUUACAACUUUGGCAAGGAUACAAGCAGCUACACUACACCUUGAGUGAUGAUGGACCAGCAAACAUGAUUUGGGUUUUUGUUUUUUUUUUAUUCCAAAGCAGAAGGAAAUCACAGAUUCGUUGUCAAGGCUUUGGGAGACUUUGGGGGAAGGGUUUUCUUUUAGUUAUGGCCUCCUUCCAGAAGAGCCAGAACUGCCGGACUCUGAUGGGAGGCCAGGAAGCAGACACACUUCAAAGGACACGUUUCAGCUCUGUUGCUUAUAGCAGAGACGCUGAAACUGUUGACAUGGUCUGGAGCUCCUUUUUGGGGAUUACUACGCGAACCAACUCCAAGACACUCUGUCUGGCGGACAGUGAAAUCUGUAUGUUGUGUGUAUGUAUCAGUUAUUUGAAAAGAAAAAAAAAAGAAAAAACGUUGCAGUUGCAGAGCCAUCAGUUACAUUUGAUGUGAUAGAAAACUGUUUACCAUUUGCCAUUUUUGUCAUUCACAACCAAUGUAUGCCCUUAUAUUUUUGACUGAAAGUGCCAGCUAGAUACAUUUGCAACUAAGCUUCCACCGUGUCAGCUAUUUACUCACUGUAUAUCGAACUUUUGAUACAUAGUCACAACAUACUCAUAGGUUUGAAUGCUCUUACUAAACAGUUCCUAAUUGUUGUUACCUGUUCCUGCCCAGCCCUCAGUUUAAAAUUUAAACAGGCCGGUCUUUCAGUGCGUUUGUGCUUUUUGCACAGGUCAUUGUAGUCUUUUUCUUACCAGGGCACUUACUACCAAAGUUGCUACUGUCCAAUUUCGGCUGAUGCCAGAAAACCACGUUGCCGGCAUGUCAAGCCCUCUCACUGUACAAAUGAUUCUGCAACAUGCAGUGUGUUUACCCCGUUUUUGUUUCACAUGGUUUAGCUUUACAUUAAUAAUCAAUCCCGUGUAGUGAAUAUACAGCUCUAGUUUUUGAAUUACUGAGUGAACAAUACAAAGCACUUUUUCAUUGAGACCCGUCAUUUUUCUGUGAAGCCCAUCUUCAGUGAGAGUGAACUCAUUUGCCUCAAGGAGAAGAGCUUGGGGAAAUAAGAUCGUAGAAUCUUCUAAACCCCAUAACGGCAAUAUUAUUAAAAACAAACAGAUAUGCUUUCUCAGUAGGUUUUUGUAAAGUGCAGUUUCCUUGAUAUGGGUAUUCCACAGUUGUCAGUUCAAAUGCGAAUUGAGGAAUGAGCAGUUUGUAUGGAGAAUCAGCAGUUUGGGUUUUUUGUUGUUUGUAGUUUCAGCACUCUUAAAUCCAGGGCUGUUUGCACUUUACUUUCAAUUCAAUUAAUUCAGAAAGAUAUGUUCCCUCUUCCAGUGAUAGUUCAGGUUAUUUGACGUGAGCUUCUGUCAGAUACUUAUCUAUAGUCAGUGUACUGUCUGCAAUAGAUUAGAUCGAUGUGCUUCCGGUUUGGAGGAGUAGUCACGAGUAGUGACAGAGAAACAGAGUGAUGUACUGCUGUUCAGGGGGUCAGCAGAAGAAACGUGUUUUAGCCACUUCAACAUGCCCACUGAAAAAAAAAAAAGCCAAUAUCAGCUAAAGCAUACACUUUAUUUUGAAUAUAUUCACUGCUUUAUCUUGCCAUAAAACAGCCCUUUUCUUUGGAACUACAUUCUCUCAACAGUUGAACUAAUGUAUUACUACGCACAGGUGCGCUAAUGCGAUAGUUCAGCAGUUGACAAAAAUGUAGUUCCAAAGGAAAGGGCUGUUUAACGGCAAGAUAAAGCAGUGAAUAUAUUCAAAAGAAGCAUACACUUACUGCAGGUAAUACACUGUCUAUGUACGACUAAGUAUAUAAUCUGACUAAGUACCUCACACAACCCCACGUCAAACAACCAGAACUAGGAAAAAAAUACUGAAUGGAUAUUAAAUCCAACAUGCGGAUUAAAAAAAAAAGAAAGGAAAUAUUUGGCGCUCCUGGUUACAUUUUGUAAUGGUUGAAUUGAAAGUGGACUGAGACUAGUCCUGCUAUUCAUAAUUCUGUUUUGGGGAAGACAGUCAGCUCCCCCUGUCCUGCCAUGCAGGUCAGCCUUGAUAUGCACACUAAACCAGAGGAAUGGUCUACUAGUUCUUUUUUUCAGAUGAGGAAUAUCAAACUGAGACCUCAUGGAAAUUGACCAUGAAUUAUUUAAUAAAGGUUCUCUAGUUUAAAUGA